GAUGCGCAGGAGUUCAUGGCGCAUGUUUUCGAUCAGGUGAGUGAUGAAUGUAGUAAAGUUAUAAGUGAACGAUUGGGUAAUGAACAAUUAGCAAACGAUGAAGUGAAAGUGCCAAAUAAUCCGGUGAUAACGAAUUUCAUGUUCAAAAUCCAAAAUUAUAUCGUCUGUGAAAGUUGUGGGCAUACAAGCAAAACAUCUGAGGAGAGCACUAGUCUACCAAUCGAUUUCGCUGUCACGGACUCGAGGCAUGAAGAAACUCCGCUCCAUAGAAUAGUGUCGAUACAGACAAUGUUGGAUGAUUGCUUAAGAAAUGAGAAAGUGGAACAUCGUUGUGAUUCGUGUGGCUCAAACAGUGCUGAGAUCAAGCAUAAAUUCCAGAAAAUACCACGAUGUUUGGUGAUGUAUUUGAAACGAUAUACGUUCGAAGGAGUGAAGCGUACAGACAAUGUGGAGAUUCCAUUAUAUGUUACACUGAAAGGGCAUUGCACGGAUACGAUGGAAUCUUAUGAGCAAGUUCCAUUGAGCACAACCAAGAUUGAUCUGUUAUCUGUGGACAGUUCGAUAGAAAGGGAAGACUUGUUGACACCUCAAAAAAGCCAGUCAAAUGAUUCUGAGAGGGUGACUUCUCCAACUGACGAGAAUGACGACUCGCAGAAUCUGUGCACACCUCUGAAUGUUUCGAAAAUUGAUUCGACCUGCCGAACAAGUUUGGAGACUUUGCAAAGAAACCAUCGCAGGUCGUCUUCGAACGUGCCUCGUAGGUUGUGGUCUUCGUCAAAUAGCAAUGACAUUCCAGGAGAUUUGCGAAAUGAGAGUGUAAGGACUGCAGCAGCAAGUGAGCGACGAUGUCGUUCUUCGGAAACUCGUUCAGGCUCGCUGACGCCUCUGAAGCAACCCGAUACUUUAGCGCCUUACAAGAGCGCCAAUCUUUCCAAGUUGUUGGCCACCGAGAGCUGCGUUCGGGAUGUGGAAUCGCCCCAGCUACCCGAAAUCAUCCUUCCACCGUCAGAUGAAUCGGCAGAUUCGCCAAUGUCUGUCGAUGAUAUUACACCGCCUCUAUCGUCGACGAAAAAAUCGGCGCAAAGGUCGGCGCCUCGAAGUCCUUCUUCGUCACCUCAUGUGGUUGUUCCGAGUCUUGAACGGCAACAUUUGAAUAGCACUAAUAUCGACGCCAGCCGAAGAUGUUCACCGCCUUACGCGACCCCAAAACGCGUUCGUAAAGGACCGUUCACCGACGAGGAGUUGGCUCAAAUGAGUGAAAGUGAGCAGAUGAAAGCGGCCUUGGAGUUGAGUAUUAGGACGGCUGAAUCAGGUGAAGUUGGUGUGAUUGCGAAGGAUUGCGAACAGACUCUCACUGAGGCAGAUGAAGCCGAAUGGAGGUUAGCUACUGAGAUGGCGGUGGCAGAAGAUGAAAAUAUGAAUAAAAUUACCGAAGGUGUCGAUAUCGAGGAAUCCGCUCGGCUAGCACAAGAGCCAGCAGCAACACCACAAGAUGUGCCACUUAAAAACGACGCAAUGAAAACGCCAAAAUCUGAUCAUUUAGAUACUUCAGCUCAAUCAGCUGUCUUGGUGUACGAGCACCGUGGUUUAAGAUCAAUAAAGAGCAAGGCAAUCACGAAUGCAUGGCGAGCCAAAGCUUGUAAAUUCUUACGAGUGAAAAUGGCCGAUGAGAUUGUAUAUCCUGCAGAGAGUGAAGAAGUUGAGAUGAGUCUUCGUGAUCGACCAGCUCGUUGUGGGACGGUUGCCGGCGACGGAAAUUGUCUAUUUCGAGCGUUAGCAUUUGCGAUCACCGGUGGAUCUGACAGACAACAUGCAGCGAUACGACAAUGUAUAACAUCAUUCGAACUGGGAAAUGAGGAUCGUUUUCGGGUUCUUGUUGAAAAGGAUGCGAAAACGUGGGAAGACCACGUUGAUGCGCUGAUUAGCGAUGGCUCAUGGGGUGGUUCCAGUGAACUGACGGCAAUUGCAACAAUGCUCCGAAUUGAAGUAUGGACAUUUUUGGACGGGCGCUGGGUGUGUUAUGCACCUCGUUUUCAGAAAGGUGCGGAGCGUGACGAAAUUGUUGAUAUCCCGAUAAAUGAGUAUCAGCUUGGAUCGAGACCAGCGAUAUACCUGCUGAACGAGCACUGUCAUUACAGUCCAGUUAUCGAACUCUCUAAUAAACGUUUCCUUGCUGAUCAAGCCCUUGAGAGGCGUCUGAAAAUUAAUGCAGAUAGCGGUGAACUGAAACCAUCAUACCGACUGGUCUCGGUUGUAAGUCAUUAUGGUUCGUCAAGUUAUUCCGGUCAUUAUGUAUGUGAUGUAUGGAAUCAGAAGCAAUCCGAGUGGUUACAUUGUGAUGAUAGUUCCGUAUCGGAAAUAAGUGAAAAGAAUGUUCGCAUUGGGCGAACCACUACUGGAUAUUUGUUCUUCUAUAUGGCCAGAGAUGUACUCGAUGAAGAGGCGGUCUGA